AUGGGGAGGUGGCCACGCGCAGCAGAGCGGAGGGGGGAGGGCCCGCGGCCACAGAGGCCCACGAUAGGGGAGCCACAGAGCGCGGGCCGCCGCGCAAAACCGGAGGAGGAGGAGGAGGAGGAGGAGGAGGAGGAGGAGGAGGAGGAGGAGGAGGAGGAGGAGGAGGAGGAGGAUGUGACAGGAUCAAAACCUCCCAGGACGUUGAAACCGCAGCGCGAGAACGCACCACGUCGGAGGUCGGGAGCGCCAGGCGCACGGUGUGGCGACCUUCUCAGGGGCCGCGUAUGCCCUCCAGGCCUCCCGAGAGUGGAGUGCCUUUUGAGAGGCCGAACCCGCAAGCUCGGACUCUCUUGCUCGAAGCUGACUGGGCACCCUCGUCGAAACUGA